AAGAGUCACUUUUAUGUAUUUCUGAUGUAUAUAGUAAUUUGUAAUAAUUGGUAAAUAUGGCAUUAAUCUCCUUGGAGUUAAAACAAUGGAGGCAAAAAGCCAGACUCCUCUGUGAGUCACAGGGAGGUAAAGGUGAGGUUUUCACCCACAGAGCUGCAGGUAAGAGGCGGAGCCACAGGUAAGAGGCGGAGCCACACUGAAGAGGCGGAGCCACACUGAAGAGGAGAGCCUCUACGUCACACUCCGGAAACGAAACUUAAGUUGGUCAGAGUGGCAGAAACACUGCAGUCGAGACAAGUCUCUGCUUUUCUCUCAGAGACAAUUCAAAGUGACGUCAUCAGGUUUUUGUCAACAACACAACGGAGUCUCUUCCAAACACUGAUAUGGCUGCUGCCAGCAAUCUGCCAUCUGAAGAUCAGUUCCUGUGCUCCGUCUGUCUGGAUGUGUUCACUGAUCCAGUCACCACACCAUGUGGACACAACUUCUGCAAGAAGUGCAUCACUGAACACUGGAAUGUGAGUGACAGGUGCCAGUGUCCCAUGUGCAAAGAGGUUUUCACCACCAGACCAGAUUUGAGGGUCAACACCUUGUUCUCUGAGAUGGUUUCUCAGUUCAGACAGUCGGCUCAACAGAAAGCCAGCAGCAGCAGUUCAGAGCAACAAGAGUCCAAACCAGGAGAAGUUCCCUGUGACGUCUGCACUGGAACCAAACUGAAGGCCCUGAAGUCCUGCCUGGUGUGUCUGGUCUCCUACUGUGAGACUCACCUGGAGCCUCAUCUGACAAUGUCAGGCCUGAAGAGACAUCAGCUGAUGGACCCUGUGGAGAACCUGGAAGACAGGAUGUGUACGAAGCACGAUAAACCUCUGGAGCUGUUCUGUAGGACCGACCAGACGUGUGUCUGCAUGCUCUGCUCUGUGUUAGACCACAAGAUGCACAAUGUUGUUCCUCUGAAGGAAGAAUAUGAAGGAAAGAAGGUCGAGCUGGAGAAGACAGAGGCUGAACUUCAGGAGAUGAUCCAGAAGAGACGACUGAAGAUUCAGGAGGUCAAACACAAAGUGGAGCUCAGUGAGGAAGAUGCAGACAGAGAGAAAGCAGAAGGUGUUCUGGUCUUCACUGAUCUGAAGGAGUCUGUUGAGAGAAAACUGAACGAGCUCAUCAAUACGAUAGAAGAGAAGCAGAGAACAACAAAGCAACAGGCUGAAGACUCCAUCAGAGAGCUGGAACAGGAAAUCUCUGAGCUGAUGAAGAGAAGCACUGAUGUGGAGAAGCUCUCCCUCUCUGAAGACCACCUCCACCUCCUCCAGAGUGUCCAGGCCAUAAACAUCCACCAUCCACCACCCACCAAGGACUGGUCUGAGGUCAGUGUUCCUCCAGCAUCAUAUGAGGGGACUGUGAGGAGAGCUGUGUCUCAGCUGGAGGAGACUCUCAGUGAAAAGAUCAAGAAGCUGGUUGUUGAAUUUGAGCUGAAGAGGGUCCAGAAGUUUGCAGUGGAUGUGACUCUUGAUCCUGAAACAGCUCAUCCUCUCCUCAUCCUGUCUGCUGACGGGAAACAAGUGAAACUUGAUGAUGUGAAGAAGAAUCUACCAGACAACCCAAAGAGAUUUUCUUCUUGUCCUGGUGUCCUAGCAAAGCAGAGUUUCUCUUCAGGCAGAUUUUACUUUGAGGUUCAAGUUAAAGGAAAAACUGACUGGGAUUUAGGAGUGGCCAGAGAGUUGAGCAAAAGGAAGGGACCAAUCACACUGAGUCCUCUGAAUGGUUACUGGACUAUAUGGUUGAGAAAUGGAAAUGAGUAUAAAGCUCUUGAUGACUCUCCAGUUCUCUCCCUGAAGUCUGGUCCUCAGAAGGUGGGGGUGUUUGUGGACUAUGAGGAGGGUCUGGUCUCCUUCUAUGACGUAGAAGCUGCAGCUCUCAUCUUCUCCUUUACUGGCUGCUCCUUCAAGGAGAAACUCCUCCCAUUCUUCAGUCCUGGUCUUAAUUAUGGUGGUAAAAACUCCUCCCCUCUGAUCAUCUCUCCUGUCAAUCAAACUCCUUGAUUCUUUUUUACCAUCAGAAAGUCCCUGAACAAUAAUUCAUUACCAACAAUACAUAUUCACAUUUAAGUAGUCUUCAUACAUCCAGUGUAUUUAUACACCAGACAAAGUUUUAAUACUACAAUACUGACACAGCGGUCAAUAUGUGGACACCAAUCGAUUAGAGACAUAAAACAAAACAAACUGACGGACUGAUACAUUUGAAAUAAAAAGACGUAAUGUCAUUUAUGGUAAUAAAUGUACAUAUUUAGUGAUAAUAUCUCUUGUGAACUUGUGUUCAUCUGAAUAUGAUGGGUCAGUAAUCAUUUGUGUCCCUCAAACAGCUUCAGGGUUAAAACAUAAAAGUAUCUUUAAGUUUGAGUCACUCUUAUAAAGGUUAUUUUUCUAUUGAAAGGCUUCUUAAAGAGACCUGAGAGCUCUGUGACGCUCUGAGGAGUUGAACUUGAUUUAAGAACGUUAAGGUUGUAAUUGUACUGAUUUACAUUUAUUUUAGUUUUACAUUCUGAUCGUAUUACUUGUGGACUGUGGGUGUAACUCUGUUGAUCUCCACAGAUGUUAACAGGGAGGAUGUCUUUCCUCCAAUUCUAUUAAAGGAACAUUUAGGGGGAUUAAUUAGCACCAAUGGGAUAUAAUAUUCAUAACUGUUAUAAUCAGUGUAUUAACAUGUUUUGGUGUUAGUAAACAAGGAAGAAUAAUCCACUCAGUUGAAAUCUGCAGACAGACGAUGUGGCUUUAAGAGAGAUUGCAUAAAAUAUAUUCUUUCACCUUUUAUACUUUUUUUACUUUUGACCUUUUAUUCCAUAAAAUGUCCAUAUUGUCUGUACUACCUUUUCUUCUUCUUCAUGUUUUCAACAAAAAUCUUUCAAUGGCGGUUCUGUCUGUGUAUUAAUACCAUAAUUACUAAAUAGCAUUGGUUCAGAAGGCUUCCUGUAGUCCAUGACAGAUUGUUUAACAUAAGUAACUUAUUCAAGCAUUGAAUCCUAAAUCUUAUUUCCUUAUCUCUAAAACUCUGCUACAAGCAAACUGCCUGAUUUAUUAAUUUUUUAUCAGAAAUGUAUUGAGCAAUAACCAUGAAGCAUUUUCUACAACAUAUGCACAUAUUCAUAAGAGUGUAAAGAUAUGACCUCUCUGAUGAACUCCAAUGUUCUCAUCUGGACUCCUGCAGAGACGACACAAUUACUUACCUGAGCUUUCUGGUCCACUCAGUAUUACAGGGGUCCUUAACCUGUUGAGGUGGUUGUAUCUCCUUAAAACAUUAAUACAGAGAGAGAAGUAUGGAUGAAUAUCUUAAGCUGCAGUAAACCUGUCAACUGGAUUUCAUUAUAAUCACAAGGCACAACAUGGCUUUGAAAACGUGGGUAUAAUAAAUUAUUACAUGUUUUAUGGGACUAUAGAGAAUGUUUGAUGUUUCUGCCUGAAAAUAAAUGACUGAAAGUGGAAUAAAAAAAAGAUGUUUGAAGAGUCCGAGUGAAAUAGUUUGUAAUAAAAUACUUGUAAUAUCUUAUUAUAUGAAUAAGAUGUCUUUAUUAUG